AUGAGAUAACAAUUAUAACUUACAGGAGACAGUACUUUAUCUUAAUCAACAAUGUAGAGAAGAAAUUCAAAUAAGAAACAGAAAUCUCCAAUAUAAGGAAGAAGAUUAUUCUUAAGUCAUGUAAUAUAGACUCCAUAAAGUUUAUAAUAAGUAUAAACUCAACAAUAAUAAUAAUAAGAAUAUUAAUAGCAUAUAAUAUAGGGAAGAUCACAUAGUUAAUCAAAUGUAGUAUUUUAAGAAGAAGUACCUUAGAAAUGGCCAAUAAUACAAUUACCAUUUUUAAAGAAUACUCAACCAACAAUAUUUUUUUAAUAUCCUCCAGUUUGUGAGGAUAAGAGACCUUUAGUGAAUGCAAGACCUAUGACAGAAGAAGAGGUUAAAAAAUAUUAAUUAACAUGCAGAGUAUUGGGUUCUGCUCCUUAUAAAUGUGUAUUGACAUCUUUUGAUUGGGCAGGAUUUAAAAGAAUCGAUGAAGAUGAUGAUGAAGAUGAAGAAUGGAAUGUAUAAUGGGGAAUAGGUAAUAAAUCAACUUUGAGAAAUAUGAAUAGAUAUUAAAAAAUCAAUCAUUUUCCAGGAUGUUGGAAUAUGGGUAGAAAAGAUCUAUUAUGGUUAAAUUUAAGUAAAUUUAAAAGAAAAUACCCAAAAGAAUAUAAUUUUAUUCCAAACACAUACUUAUUAUAAUAUGAUUAUGACAGAUUUAUGAUGGCAUAAGAUUCUGCUUAAAAGGAUACUCUUUGGAUUAAAAAGCCUUGUGCAGAUUCAAGAGGUCGAGGUAUAACAAUGGUCAGUAAGAAAUCAAAGGUUAAAAAAGAUAAAAACUUUUUAAUAAUGGAUUAUAUUUACAAUCCUCAUUUAAUUAAUGGAUAUAAAUAUGAUUUACGAGUCUAUGUAUUAAUAUCAUGUUUUGAUCCACUUAGAGUAUAUAUGUAUAAGGAUGGUUUGGUAAGAUUUGCAACCCAAAAAUACUCUACAAAUUCUAAAGAUCUUACAAAAAGAUAUAUACAUUUGACAAACUUUGCAGUUAACAAAUUAUCACCUAAUUUUGUUAAGAAUUAAAAUACAUAAAAAGAUGAUGAAGGUUCUAAAUGGUCUCAUUAAGCCUAUAGAAAGAAAUUAGAUGAAUUAGGAAUCAAUUCAAGAGAAUUAUUUAUGAGAAUUCAAGAUGUAGUUCUAAAAACUUGUAUUGCAACAGAACCAUUUAUGUUAGAUAGUAACGCAAAAUCUCUAGAACAUAGAAAUGGAUAUUUUGAAUUAUAUGGAUUUGAUGUUCUUAUUGAUGAAAAUCUAAAACCUUGGGUUCUAGAAGUCAAUGUUUCACCUUCUCUUAAUUCUAGUUCUCCUCUUGAUAAAAAGAUCAAGACUUCUUUAAUAUCUGAUGUUUUACAUCUUGUUGGGGUACCUCUCUGGGAUAAAAAGAAUUAUAAAAUUGGUUCUCCUCCUAAAUACAAUCAACGGAACAUCAAAGAUAUACCAAAUAUAAAUUCUUCUAAUUGUUUAAAUAAAUUAUCACAAAAUGAUGUUAGUAUGCUUAUUCAUACUAUCGAAGAAGCAAAAAGAAGAGGAAAGAACUUCUCUUGUAUAUUUCCAAAUCCUAAAACUAUUCAUUAAUAUAUGGAUCUUUUUGAAUUUCCUAGAUUUAAUAAUAAACUUGUCGAACGCUUUUAUUAAGACAAAUGCAAUUGGCUAUCUAGAUUUAAUUGA